CUUUGGGAGCCAAAGGCGUUUGAAGUCCGAGGUACGACUGUAUAAGCACUGAUAACUGGGAAACACUGGCCUGUGAGCACUCCAAGUGGAGAACAGCCUUUACCAAAGGUGUGGAUCCAGAAUGGCCUCCACAGCCACUCACGGACUCACUGUUAAAACUGGGUUCGUGAAAGACAAUCUUACUCGGCUACGAGGGAUCGCCUCAGAAGAAGAAGACAAAUGGCCUUGAGGAAGGAUGUGCAGAUGCGUGCACAGAACUGAGUGAUUCUGAGGAAUGGCUUUCUCUUUGGGGUACCCAGAAUUAAAGGCUGGCAACAUUUCACUGGAGAGCCAGGGUGGCGUAAUGGUUAGAAUGCUGGACUCGGAACUGGGAGAGCAGGGUUCGAAUCCCCGCUCAGUCAUGAAGCUCGCUGGGUGAUCUUGGGCCAGUCCCCGUCUCCCCUCUCCACCAGGCCAGUCACCCUCUCCCCUCUCCACCAGCAACUCCACCGUCUCCCCUCUCCACCAGCUCCUCUCCACCAGCAAUCUGUAUCCUCUCCAUCAGCAGGUUGCAGGUUUGAUCCCUGUAAGGGACAAUGGAAUAUUCUUCAAUUCCAAGUGUCUCUAUUUUCCAGGGACAUCCCUGAUUUAGAGAAGCCAACCCAGUUUCUGGAUCUGAUCCCAGAAUGUCCCACUUUUUCUUAGGACAUCCCUAUUUUAAUUGAAGAAACAUUGGAGGGUAUGGAGCUAUCCGACCCCUGAGCCAUCUGAAGGCGAUCCUGUAUAGGGAAGGUUUUUUUAAAAAAAAUGUUUUUAUGUUUUUACGUAUGUUGGAAGCUGUCCAGAGUAGCUGGGGCAACCCAGUCAGAUGUGUGGGGUAUAAAUAGUAAAAUUAUCAUUAUGGAAUGAUUUUCAUAGGAAAAACGUUGGAGGGUCUGGGGGUGGGACUAGAUGAUGCUCAGGGUCCCUUCCAACUCUAGGAUUCUAUAAUUCUUUUGUACCUGCCACCCUCUCCCAAGAAAGACCCGGCCCCUCCUCUCCCCCCACCAGCAAACCCACUUUCAAAUGCACUUUUCACGCGCUCUAGCAACACCCACUGACCUGCCUGCAGCUUCUGGCAAACAGCAUUCACAAGCCGCUUUUGCAGAAACAUUUUGUGGAGGGUGGGGGAAACGCAAGGCAGGAAGUUGCUCCCACUAUUGACAUCCCCCUGUUCCCCCAUUUCCUGCCUCUCUAAGAAUCCAGCCUUUCAAACCCCCGCCGCCGCUUGGCUCUCUAAGGGUUAAAGGGAGCGUCAUGCGCUUCCUAGAGAGGCGGGGGGGGAGAUGAGCGGCGAGCGUUCAAAGGAAGCGCGUACGUUCCUUCCUGGUUCAAUCAGCGAAUGGAGGGAGGGAGGGAGCAGCUGAGGUCAAAGCGGGAGAGGUGUCUAGUCAAGGCGAUUUGUCUACAUCUUCCACAGGUUGCGCAGCGACUUCAAAGGCAUAUGAUAACCCUUCCUGAUUAGUAUCUAUUUUAUAUAAACUAUAUAUAGGUUUGAAUGUAUAUGUAUAAUUAUACAUACAUACAUACAUACAGAUAGAUAGAUAAGACACGUACACACACAAUAUUUUGUAUAUAUACAAAUACAUACAAUUUUUAAAUAUAAAUUCCACUCAUUUUACAAGCUCUCCAUCCACGAAACUCCCCCAACAUUUCCUUGCUGGUUGCAUGCGUAAUGUGGCUUCAUAUAUAGCCAUUAUCCAGCCAUUAUCCUUUUUCGGCCGGAGGGAUAUGGAACCUUCGAAUCCCUCCUGCUUUAUUUAAGGCUUCUCCUCCCACUCCUGCCUAUUUCCACUCCCGCUUGCCCCGCACAUGGACGACCCUUAGCCGCUGCCGUUGAGAACCCGGAAGUGUCUACGCCCACCCAGCGACUCUUCCCCCCUCCCCCUCCCCAAUUACCCCCCAAAUCCUCCCCAAUUGUUGCUGGGGAGGCGCUGAGGGUGAGUCUUAGGAGGGUGAGGCAGCAGCUGAGGCCUCCAGGGGGACGAGGAAGGGGUGAAAGGGACCUCCCUCUUAUCCCACCCCCAGCCCCCUUCUCACCAGCCCAGCUGGGGGAAAUCCCUCCCACCACCUUGCAAGCAAUUUCCCCCCUCCUCUGUUUUUUUUAGAAACCACGUCUUAUUUUCUCCCGUAGUCUCUGGGCAACCCAGUCAGAUGGACAGGGUGCAAAUAAUAAAAUUAUUAUUGUUAUUAAUCCAUCCAUCCAUCAGUUAAUUAAUUCCGCAGGAGUAGGUGUGCUCAGCUCCUCCUGCUGCUGGAUCAUUUGUGGUUCCCCCACAUAUUGCAUUGCGUAGGGCAGACCCUCCCUGUGCAUUGAAACACCCUUGAAGCAAGGCACCUUUUCGAAGGGCCCGACUUCUCUGCAAGGAUCCCUGGGGGAACUGUAGUUUUCCAAGAAGGCACCCUGCAAGGUCCGCUGGGCUGUGAGCUUCGUGGGCCACAAGGAAUUUAUGUUAUGUUAUUUUUUACCUUUCCACGUUGUGGUGGAACUAAAGGGGGGGGAAAGGUGGGAAAGGAUAAAGAUCUUCCAACCCUGCUUGUCUCUCUCACACCCCACAACCUGUCCCCACAGGUCGUGAAAGAACCUCAGUGACCCCUUCCGGGAGGCCUCCUCUUUGUGAAAAGAGAAGAAAUGGCUGCUCUGCAGGCAGCUCAGGUAGGUGAGGUAUUCUGUUUAUGAUUUAUGCUGUGUUUGUGAUGUUCUAUUAUGUUACUUUUAUCUUUAGUUUGUACGAUGCUUUGGGAUUCAUUGGAAUGAAAAGUUUGGGUUCCUCUUUGGUUAUGGGGUCUAUCUUUUGCUUUUUCAACAUCGCACUUUAAGUAGGCCACAAGCUUUGGCUCUUGUACAAUAUUUCCAAAAUUUCUUUACCUGCACUGUGGGUGAAGCAGGCAGAUUGACACCCAUUUCUUUAGGAUUACAGUGGUGCCUCGCAAGACGAAAUUAAUUCGUUCCGCAAGUUUUUUCUUCUUGCGAGUUUUUCGUCUUGCGAUGCACGGUUUCCCAUAGGAAUGCAUUGAAAAUCAAUUAAUGCGUUCCUAGGGAAACCGACUUCAGACCAGGUCCGGGGGACAGACUGUCCCCGGACCUCUUCUGAAGGCUGGGGGGGACAAGGGCUUUUCUUCCCACUCCACCCCAGCAUUUUAAAACCCCGGGACAGCGGAGGGCUUCUCCGCUGUCCGGGGCGAUCUUAAAAUGCUGGCGGGCGGCAUUUAAAAUUGCCCCGGGACAGCGGAGGACUUCUCCGCUGUCCGGGGCAAUUUAAAGCCCCUGGGAAGGCAGGCAGGGGGACAAAGACUUUGCCCCCGCCAGCCUUCAGAAGAGGUCCUGGACCUCUUCUGAAGGUUGGCGGGGGCGAAAGUCUUGUCCCCCCACCUGCCUUCAAAAGCUGUCCAGCCAAGGCUCGCGGACCUCUCCGCAAGCAGCGGCAGCACUGCCGCUGCUUGCGGAGAGUUGCCGGCAUGCCGAAGCCUGCGCGCGCUGAGAUCAGCGCGCCCAGGCUUCGCGGACCUCUCCGCGAGCAGCGGCAGCGCUGCCGCUGCUUGCGGAGAGUUGCCAGCAUGCCGGAGCCUGCGCGCGCUGAGAUCAGCGCGCCCAGGCUUCGCGGACCUCUCCGCGAGCAGCGGCAGCGCUGCCGCUGCUUGCGGAGAGUUGCCGGCAUGCCGGAGCCUGCGCGCGCUGAGAUCAGCGCGCCCAGGCUCGCGGACCUCUCCGCGAGCAGCGGCAGCGCUGCCGCUGCUUGCGGAGAGUUGCCGGCAUGCCGGGCCUGCGCGCGCUGAGAUCAGCGCGCCCAGGCUCGCGGACCUCUCCGCGAGCAGCGGCAGCGCUGCCGCUGCUUGCGGAGAGUUGCCGGCAUGCCGGGCCUGCGCGCGCUGAGAUCAGCGCGCCCAGGCUCGCGGACCUCUCCGCGAGCAGCGGCAGCGCUGCCGCUGCUCGCGGAGAGCUGCCGGCAUGCCGGAGCCUGCGCGCGCUGAGAUCAGCGCGCCCAGGCUUCGCGGACCUCUCCGCGAGCAGCGUCAGCGCUGCCGCUGCUUGCGGAGAGUUGCCGGCAUGCCGAAGCCUGCGCGCGCUGAGAUCAGCGCGCCCAGGCUUCGCGGACCUCUCCUGCCUUCAAAAGCCGUCCGGGAUAGCGGGAAGCGCUUCCCUGCUAUCCCGGACUGCUUUUAAAAUGCUGGCGGUGGGGAGCAAAGCCUUUCGGCCCCCGCCAGCCUUCCUGGACCUCUUCUGAAGGCCGGAGGGGGGGGGGAAGGCUUUGCUCCCACCGCUAGCAUUUAAAAGAGGUCCCCGGAGAUUUCCCUAUGGGCUUUCGUCUUGCGAAGCAAGCCCAUAGGAAAUUCGUUUAUGAGCGCCUCCAAAACGGAAAACCCUUUCGUCUAGCGGGUUUUCCGUCUUGCGAGGCGUUCGUCUUGCGGGGCACCACUGUAUUUGUGAGGAGUGAAGAGUGGCUGGGGAAACUCAGCCAGAUGGGCGGGGCAUUAUUAUUAUUAUUAUUAUUACUACUUUUCAGGGUCUGGUGUCCUUUGAGGAGUUGGCCAUACAUUUCACGAAGGAGGAGUGGGAACUCCUGGACCCACGGCAGAAGGCUCUGUACAAGGAUAUCAUGCUGGAAAAUUAUAGGAAUGUGACCUCCCUGGGUAGGGACCUCUCUACCCUUUGGUUCGUAAGACACUGAAGAGAUGAGAUUUCUCACUCUUCAUUGCUGGACUCAGUUUAUUUUGGAGAAUAGCACACCUGCCCUAACUGGUCAUCGUUGCAUGGGUUUUCAAGCAAGGCAAAAAGUUAUAUUAAAAAUAGCAUUAAAGAUAUAAAUACAAACAGGUACAGUCGUACCUCGGAAGUCAAACACAAUCCGUUCCGGAAGUCCAUCCAACUUCUGAAAUGUUCGAAAACCAAAGCGCGGCUUCUGAUUGGCUCCUGCAGCCAAUUGGAAGCCCCGUCAGACGUUCGGCCUCCAAAAGAAUGUUCAAAAACCAGAACACUCACUUCCAAUUUUCGAUCGUUUGGGAGCUGGAACGUUUGACUCCCCAGGCGUUCAGGAGCCGAGGUGCGACUGUAUAGUGUUGGAGUCUCAACAGCAGGGAUCAUUCAGUAUGGCCAUUCUGGGUUAAUGAUGUUGUUGUUAAAGUUUACUAGCAAGAGAGGGAUGCAACUAGGCAGGAUGGUAUGAUAUCUGCUGAGACAGCAUAUGCUCUGAAGUUAUAUGUUGAUUCUGCAGGGGUUUCCAGCCCCAAAUACCCUAGUAAUAAGAUUAUUAAGUUUGCAGAUGAUACAACGGUGGUUGGUUUAAUCACGGCUGGAGAGGGGGAGGCGGCUUAUAGGAAGGAAGUUGAGCAGUUGGGGGAGUGGUGCAGGAAAAACAACUUGCUCCCAAACCCUAAAGAGAUAACAAUAGAGAUCAUUGUGGACUUUAGAAAUGCAAAUUGAAUAUUCAGCCACUGCGAUUCACUCGAGGGUCACCUGCAUGAAACUAGGUCUACGGUGUUUCGAUUUACGUGGGAAUGGCGUUGAGAGCUGACCCAGAAACUCUAGCGGGAGAAAACAGCAAAGACCUGAUGAAGAGAGUCACAGCAGAGGUCAUAUUUUCUGAGAAGCCUCCAGACAACAAUCUCUCAAAGGACCUGUUGAUGGCAGUUUACCAUUGUACUGUUCGAGGUGCUGUAUUAACCUUAGGGUCUGUGUAUGUGGUUUGGGAGCCUGCACGGUCAGGGGACAACAAUGCUGUCCAGGGUUGUAAGACUGCAGAGAGAAUAACUGGGUGCAUUAUUCUCUUCCCACCUGGAUCAAAUCUAUGCUUCCAGGUGUCACAAGGAAGCUGCAGAGAUAGUGCAGGAUAGUGCGCACCACCAGAACCAUGAUCUCUUUCAGCUUCUGCCUUCUGGAAGAAGGUAAAGGGUUAUAAAGACUAGGACUAGCCGCCUGAGAAACAGUUUCUAUCCAAAUGCAAUUUUGGUUUUAAACGCAGUGUAAGGUAGUCUCUAUGGGAGUAUAUUGUAUCUAAUUAUGGGGUAUCAGAGUUUUUAGGGGGUUAACCAGACUGGGAUAGCUGGGAUAGCAGGCUUGUUGGUUUUUGAAUGUCUGAUGUAGAUUUUUCAAUUUCGUUGAUCUGUGUGGGACAAGGACAAUAAAGGUUAUUGUAUCGUAUUUAUAAUCAUAGAGUUGGAAAGGACCCUGAGGAUCAUCUAGCUCAAUCCUCUGGUCCUUCAUCCCUAAAUAAAGCUCAACAACUCUGGUAAAUCUUCCCUAGAAAGAUGACGAUAGGUAGAACACUGCUAGAUUUAUUAUACCGGGAGUAGAUUGCAGUCUCCUGAGAGUUGGACGUGUCUGAUCUAGGCUGUAGAGUUCUCUUCAUAGCCAUACUGCCUUAUGGCGAGUCUGACCAUUGGUCUAUCUAGCUCAGUGUUCAGCCGGGGAUUAAACUUGGGAGCUUCUGCUCGUGAGGCCAGUGCUGCCACACUGAGCAAUGGCCCUUCCCCAAAAAUCUGAACUGGGCAAUAGGCAUGUGGGCACCCAAGUACGGGGGGAGGGGCGGAGACCUCCUCCUCUUGCCAAGAACAGGGUGUGGGAGACGAAAACGGGGAUGUUUCAGAAGGAAAUGUGUUUGUAAUUAGGCCUGCUUUUCCUUUCUCCCAAGAAGGAGGAGACCCUCUCAUGCCCAGGCCGGACCUCAUCCGCUGGCUCGAAGAGCUGGUUAUACCGCCCUGCAUGGAAGGAUGCUCAGCAGCAGGUAAUUGCGAAUGUGCUCCUCCUUGCCUGGAAAGUGGAGGUUUUCUGCAGUGGUGUCUGGUGCCCGUUGAGACUGGCAGGGCAGCAUGGAGGGGGACCCAGCGGUGAGCGAAGUGAGAGCCAAUGAUGGCCAGAGCCAGUCCCUUGCUGUUUGUAAGGGAGAAGGCAGGCAGGCUGAGGUUUGUGGGGCAGUGACCCUUUCGCCCUAAUGGACCAGCUGCCCAUGGUUGUCUGGUGCACAGUAAUCUUGUGGACUUCCAAAAAUAUUGCCCAGAGGCGCUUCUGUAGCCCUUGUACUCUUGGGGCAGGAGAACAAGUCUUCACCAGGUACACCAGGGAGUCGAAGAAAAUGAGCAACUCUCACAAUGACCGGGAGGAAGGAGGAAGGGAGAAGUGAAGAAUUAUUAUUAUUAUUAUUAUUAUUAUUUAAUAAUAAUAAUAAUUUUUUAUUUAUACCCCGCCCGCCCUGGCCAAGACCAGGCUCAGGGCGGCUAACACUGAAUAUAAGUACAGUAAAAACAUUAAAAACAAAACAAACAAACAAAACCCCCAAAACAAAAAAGAGAGCAGUUGAUUAAAAUGUAAGUUAGAAUACAGUUUAAAAUGCAGCCUCUUUUUAGUGGUAGCCUAUAGAUCAAAGCCAUAAGGGGAAAAAACCGUCAAAUAUUCACCGGGGCCAACUAUCCAUGCUGGUCCUACAUGGGCCAGCAAAAAGAGCCGAUGGAAAAUUUAUAUACAAAUCCCAUAUAAAGGGGUUCCAUCAAAAAAAUAAAUGGGGGGAGGGGUGUUAGACUGAGUCCAGGCCAGGCGGAACAGCUCUGUCUUGCAGGCCCUGCGGAAAGAUGUCAAAUCCCGCAGGGCCCUGAUCUCCUGCGGUAGGGUGUUCCACCAGGCCAGGGCCAGAGCUGAAAAGGCCCUGGCCUUGACUGAGGCCAAUCUAACCUCCUUGGGGCUCGGGACUUCCAAAGUGUUGUUAUUUAUGGACCUUAAGGUCCUCCGCAGGGCAUACCAGGAGAGGUGGUCCCGUAGGUACGAGGGUCCUGUGGCCCUCCAGUCGUAGCUGACCAAAUGAUAAAGGAUGAUGUAAGCUGGGAAUAUAGCAACAUCUGGAGGGACAUAGUUCCUCACACCUGAGUUAAGGUCCUCUGUAGACAGGUGAUUUUUGAACGGGUUCCCUGAUAAUAGUAUGUUCGUUUUUUGUAGACUUCUGCCACCCUCAGCUCUCUUCCUUUCCAGAAGUUUGGUUUGUUCUUGCAGGAAAUGACAGAAUUUUUGGUUCCAGUGGGUGACACAGCUACCAAUUCCCAAUAGUUCCUGCUAACCAAUAUUCCACCCUUGAAUAGCUAACUUAAAACAACACCUUAGUAAAUAUCAGCCCGGUUUAUUUAAUGCAUGGCAGGAUCUGCCUCCCCACUGAAUAUGUGCAUGGAUGAUGUCUUUGCUAUCUUCUCCACAGCUGUGAAUUUGGUUGGUUCCUUCUCCUUAGAGACUCAGUUCCUCACAUGCUUCCUUUAUUUUGAUUCCAGGAAGUAAAGAUCCAGAGAUUAAAAGUGAAGUAGAUUCCUACUGCCCCUUGCGUCCCCUGAAUAUCUGGUUUGGAGAGUUGGGUGAAGCCCUGGAACCGAUUUGUGAGGUGAAGAGAGAGGAGGAACCUUCCAUUGUGCAGGCGGAAAACCUUCCGCCAACAGAACGGCUUUGUUCGAUACAGCCCAAAGUGUCAGCAAAAAGAGCCAAGCAUUCCAAGCUGGAAGUAAGUUAUAAGUUGACUGAAAAGUGUCAUUUGCAACAAAAACUUUAUUGUAUGGAUAAUACACAUAGGGGAGAAGCCGUAUAACAUAUUAUAGGAGGAGCUUUCGUGAAAAAAUGGGCUCUUGUUGUUCAAGAAAGCAUCCAGAGAGAAGAGAAACUAGUUUAAUGUUUGGACUGGAAGGUUAUAGCGCAAAUCUUAUUGCACAUUGAAGAGAAGAAGCCGUUUGAAGAGACGGGUGGAGACUUUAAGCUUCAUUCACCAGCAGGGGAAAAGAAGACAUAAAUAUCUGGAGUAUAGAAACAGUUUCAAUAAGAAGGUAAAGGUAAAGGGACCCCUGACCAUUAGGUCCAGUCAUGACCGACUCUGGGGUUGCGGCGCUCAUCUCGCUUUAUUGGCCAAGGGAGCCGGCGUACAGCUUCCGGGUCAUGUGGCCAGCAGGACUAAGCCGCUUUAGGUUGGCAGGAGCAGGGACCGGGCCACGGGAGCUCACCCCGUCGCGGGGAUUCGAACUGCCGACCUUCUGAUCGGCAAGUCCUAGGCUCUGUGGUUUAACCCACAGUGCCACCCGCGUCCCAAUAAUAAGAACAUAGUUCACGGCAAAAAAUGGUCUUGGGGUAUGAACUCACUUGGAUAUUUAGUAUCAGCCUGCAUUGGGAGGGUGUGGGGGAAGAGGUGCUGUCAUUAAGAAUUCCUUCAUCUCAUCAGCCAGAAGACCUGCUAAAUUAAGUGCUGUGAAGGUGAUGAGGACAAAACCUUGGGCUGCGGUACUUAAACCAUUUCCCAACCUCACUAGGGUCUAGCUCUGCAGGUUCAGAAUUGCUCAGGUUCGAGCAAGAGAACACAACCAGGCAGAUUGAAGCAAAACAGUAGCUGGUUAGGAAGCCUGAUCUAUUUAUUGUUGCAACAUGGUUUCCACGAAAAACAAAGAAAAAGCCCAGAACAAAGGGUUGCAUGAGUUUUUAAAAGUUCCCACAGUUUCCCAUAAUACAUUUCACAUAGCGUCAUCCAAUUCAAUAUAGUAAAAUAAUUUAUCUUGCCACCCGUUUUUUGUCGGUAUUGUUUCCUUUUUCCAAUUUUUGGCAAUUGGGUGAUCUCGCAACUAUGGCUGUUGUCGAGUCCUUACAGCGUAGCACACAAGCUCAGGAGGCCAACGCUUCCAAUAUGUUGAAAGGCAUCAGGGGCCCUGGCCAGGGCAGUGUCAGAGACUGGGCAGAGAAAGAAUGAUGGAGAUGUCUCCCCAGUCUGAUCCUUAUACUGAAGAAGGAGGCAGUUCAGAAUUACAACAGGGGUUUGAGGGAGCUCACUGCUCAGAGACAGAUGAGGGGGAAAGUUGGGAAAUAAUGGGAGAGGAUGAGGAAGAGGAUGAGGAAGCGGAAGAAGCAGCACUAGGGGAGCGACAGCUGACGGACUCAGUGUUUUUAGAAAGCAUUCCAGACCUCCCCUCUCCCAGAACAUGGCGGGCCUUGAAAGUAGGAGAGCAAAGAGCUCAAAGGCAGAGGACGCAUACAGUGUUAGGAUUCUUGCUCCGUGCUUGCAGUCAUGGGCUUGUUGUCUAUCACAUGACAGUGUAUGUUUUCAUUCCGCAUAGUGGGAAGUGAUGGAGACAGGAUGUUUGGUGCUACUGUGUUCCGUGAUGUAGGACUACAGUGGUACCUCGGGUUACAUAUGCUUCAGGUUACAAACGUUUCAGGUUACAGACUCCGCUAACCCAGAAAUAGUACCUCGGGUUAAGAACUUUGCUUCAGGAUGAGAACAGAAAUCGUGCUCUGGCGGCACAGCAGCAGCAGCAGGAGGCCCCAUUAGCUAAAGUGGUGCUUCAGGUUAAGAACAGUUUCAGGUUAAGAACGGACCUCCGGAACGAAUUAAGUACUUAACCCGAGGUACCACUGUAGUUUAGCCAAAAUGCUGUGCUACUGAGUUUGUUAUGCAAACUGCUAACACUCUGCUGUUCCUAAGUGUGCUGACGCCUCUUGGAAUCAGUCGCUGUGAUGUUUGGGCUGGAGAAAGAUUUUGAAGCUCCCGAAUGACAGACCAGGAGGGAGAGAACAUGCCAUUUGGGAAUGUCUCUCUAUCGGGGUCCUACACACGAGUAGGAUGAUCCUGACAGUCAGCACCCGUAGUGAUGAUGCACGAAGGGAAGAGGGCUGGGUGGAGACUUACUCGGAGCAACACUGUUAUUCCCAGAGGCCACAUUCCCAAGCCUCUCUCUGUGAAUAUUGAAUAAAAACAGAUGGCAAGGACUUUUCCUUGUCUUGUCCGUUCCUGGCAACCUGCCUUUCAGGUUGGUUCCUCUGCUGCCUGUGGUUGGAUUCAUGGAUUUCAUUUCACUUUCAUGUAUGUAAACAACUUACAUAUUGCUUAAUUGCAGCUCACUCUCUCCUGAUUGGUUUCUGGGUCCGUCCGUCACAACAAGCUUUUGAGCACUGGACUUAAGUGCUGGGGCUUCAUGGGACAAAAUGCCCAUUGGCAGGUCUGAAUCCAAACUGCAUCUGCAGUCAAAGCUGGGCUCGCUGUCAGUGUCCAUUAUCGAUGUCGGCACACCUUCAAACGGGUUUGCUAUCAGCGCCAAACGACUGGUCAGGGCUGACAGUGAGCUGUCUUCUUUUUAAGGUUUCAUCUAAUAUUUGCAGAGUGUCAAAAUAAAAAUAAUAAAAAUAAAUAAAUAAUUGCCCUGUAGCACCUUAUAGACCAACUAAGUUUGUUCUGGUAUAUAAGCUUUUGUGUGCAUGCACACUUCUUCAGAUACCAUGCACAUGAAAGCUUAUAUCAGAACAAACUUAGUUGGCCUAUAACAGUGGUGUCCAAACGUUUUUCAAAGAGGGCCGAUUUGAUGAAGCGAAGGGCCGUGGGGGCCAACCAAAGCUGUUGAGCUUUUUUUAGGAUUUUACCCCAGGAAAUAAAUUGCCACAGGGGCCGGAUUAAACCAGCCAGCCAGCCAAAUUAGGCCCCUGAAACCGACUUUGGACAUGCCUGGUCUGUAAGGUGCUACUGGACAAUUUUUAAAAAAAAUUAAAUUAUUUUUUUGACUGCGUCAGACCAACACGGCUACCUACCUGAAUUUGCAGAGUGUGAUCAGCUUGAGAAAGGACAGUCUGGUACGAUAAUUCAUUCUUUCCUCUCUAAACUGUUUUUCAGACCUGUAGCAGAAGAUCUUCCUGCAGCUGUGUGAAGGUGAACAGCGUAGAAGCCCUGCUGCAAAAUCCCUUUCCUCAGCGCAGUUUGGCUGAGCAACGCUGCAUUAAAGAGCUCGGUCCUGACUGCCCAGACCUGUGCAUUGUGCAAACCGUGCUGGAGAAAGGCAAGCCAGUCACUCGGAGGUUUAGCAGGGCCUGGUACGACCGUAAGGAGUGGCUUUGCGGGAGCACCUCAAAAAAUGCGUUCCUGUGCUUUCCCUGCUUGCUGUUUGGUGGCGCUGUCCCCUGGGCACGGACUGGAGUGGCAGACAUGAAACAGAUCUCCUUAAAGACGAAGGUUCAUGAGGAAUCUGCAAAGCACAGGGAGAACUGCCUGAAGCUGGCUGAGUUGGGCAGAGUCAAUGGUGCCCAGCCAACAGACACUGGCUGCGACGCUCACUCCAGGAAGCAUAGCCAGGAAGUGGAGAACAGGUAUGUACUUUCAAAAAUUGUUGUUGUCGUUUAGUCAUUUACUCGUGUCCGACUCUUCGUGACCCCCUGGACCAGAGCACGCCAGGCACUCCUGUCUUCCCCUGCCUCCCGCAGUUUAGUCAAACUCAUGCUGUGUCGUCCCCUUCUCCUUGUGCCCUCCAUCUUUCCCAACAUCAGGGUCUUUUCCAGGGAGUCUUCUCUUCUCAUGAGGUGGCCAAAGUAUUGGAGCCUCAGCUUCAGGAUCUGUCCUUCCAGUGAGCACUCAGGGCUGAUUUCCUUCAGAAUGGAGAGGUUUGAUCUUCUUGCAGUCCAUGGGACUCUCAAGAGUCUCCUCCAGCACCAUAAUUCAAAAGCAUCAAUUCUUCGGCGAUCAGCCUUCUUUAUGGUCCAGCUCUCACUUCCAACCAUCACUACUGGGAAAACCACAGCUUUAACUAUACGGGGCCUUUGUUGGCAAGGUGAUGUCUCCAAUUUUUAAAAAUGUUAUUUUUUUCAAAAAUAAUUGAUGGCAUAAAUACACUCUUGAGAUGCUUGUUGGCCUUCAAGUUGCUUCAUAGUAAAAUAAAAACCCAUGACCAACUACCCACCUAGCUCUGGCAUUCGAGAAUCUUCUCUUCCCCUCCAAGUGAGUCUCACCCUGUUACUCUCCCCAUUUUCGCCUCCAGUGCUACUCCUUUUCAGUCAUACUGCCAGUCUGUACAAUACAGAAUUCAGGACAUUCCAUAUCCUCCAACAUUUCUAUGAUGAAAAUAGGGAUGUCCAAUUCUAUAACAAUAAUUUUACUAUUUAUACCCCACACAUCUUACUGGGUUGCCCCAGACACUCUGGGCAGCUUCCAAUAUACAGUCAUACCUUGGAAGCUGGACAGAAUCCGUUCAACUUCCAAAACGUUCAACAACCAAAGUGCGUUUUCUGAUUGGCAGCAGGACGCUCCUGCAGCCAAUCGGAAGCCUCACCAGACGUUCAGGUUCCGAAAGAACGUUCACAAACCGGAACACUCACUUCUGGGUUUUAGCGUUCAGGAGCCAAAGGUACGACUGUAUAAUAAAAUAUUAAACAUUUUUUAAAAAAAACUUCCCUAUACAGGAUUGCCUUCAGAUGGCUUGGGGGGUCGGAUAACUCCACACCCUCCAACAUUUCUCCAAUGAAAAUGGAGACCCCCUAAGGAAAAGUGGGACAUUCCAGGAUAAAAUCAGAAACUGGGACAGCUUCUCUAAAAAAGGGACAUCCUGGGAAAAUAGGGACAAUUGGAGGGUCUGCUAUUCACCAUCUCUUUCAUAUAUCUUGGCAAGCAAAUUGUAAAUAGUCAUUAGUCAGAAUAGUGGAAGCUUUGUGUAGCCUGAAUUAUAGACAGCCCAGAGAGAGAUGGCAGUCCCUUCUAUAGGGAUUUUUAAGUUCAUUGGGCAGCGGGAAUAGUAAUAAUAAAAAUAAAAACCGCACCUUUAAAACUAAAAUACAAAAUGCAGCACAAGUGCAAGCAGCUAAAGGCGUACAAAUAAACAAAUAAAUGUAACAGUGUGAGGGUGACUUCUACUAUAAAUGUAGCCUUGCGGCCGCUAAAACAGAUAAAGGCCCGCCCAGCCAAUCAAAUCCACUAAAUAAAAUGCAGCCAGUGGCAUAUUGCAGUGCAGCAAAACUCAGGCAUUUGAAAGUCAACAUACCUCAGGCAAAACUUUAAAAAGUAACAAAAUACUAAAGAAAAAAAUAAAAUAAUCCAUGGAGCUUUCUCUGGCGAGGCAGUGGUCUUACAAACUAGAAGCAUGUUCAGCAGUCCCACUACCUACCCUAGAACUCUUUUCAAUUCUCCUCUCGCCCCCUUGAUUUCUCACACGUUUGUUAUGUGAUAACAAAUUAAUAUAUUAACAUUAAUAUAUUGACACCAAUGUAUUUACAUUAAUAUAUUGACAUCAAUAUAUCAGUAUUCAUAUAUUGACAUUGGUAUUAAUAUGUUGUCCUGAAAUCUGCAAAGGUGUAGCUGAAGCAUGCUAUCAUCGAGUAUAUUUUCAUAAAUUAAAUGCAUUGGCUUUAGAGUUUUAUUGUCGUUCAAAAUGUUCCCCCUCUAUUUGUCUCCAGCCCGCCUCAGUCCCGUUCUCUGGAAUGUCCCGAAUACCACCAUUUGGUAGACAAGAGAAAAACAAAGAGUCCUUUCUGGGUGCAUUUUGGAUUGCCUGCCGACGAGAGCGGCCGCACGGUGUCCGACGGUGUCGCUAUUUGCAAAAUAUGUUCGCACUCGGUGUCCGCAAAAGGCGGGAACACGUCCAACCUUGGCAAACACCUCCAGCUCAAACACCCUCAGGAAUUUAGGGAGCUGCCUUCUUCGUCCAGAGACGUUUCCGUCUCUUCGCGUAAAAAUGCCGCGGAGCCGGCGGCAUCAGCGAGUGCUGCAGUAACUGUUGCGGAAAGUCCUAGAGAACAGCAAAACACCGCGUUGGAUUCUGAGCCGUUCAAUCCUAAGAGCUCGAGAUCUUGUACUCAGGCGAUCACAGAGUAUCUGGCUACGUGCCUGGAGCCCUAUAACACAGUGGACCACCCCAAAUUUAUCCAGAUGGUGAACACUCUAAAACCGAAAUAUCCGUUGCCCGGUAGAAAUUACUUCGCCACCGCAGGAGUUCCAAAGCUGUACAAGGACACGGUGGAGAAAAUGAAGAGAGAAAUACGCCCCGUAACUAAGACUGAACUGGCCGUCACAGCUGAUUGCUGGACGUCCGUAGCCGGCGCUCCGUUUGUGGCAGUGACGGUCCAUUUCAUUUCGGACGAGUGGAAGUUGACCGACGCUUGCUUGGCCUGUAGACAUUUUUGGAAGGAGCCCAGCGCAGCUGUUCUUUGCGAAAUGCUCAGAGACGCCUUGUCUGAGUGGGACAUCGACAUGAAGAACGUAUUUUGCAGCACGACGGAUAACGGUGCCAAUAUCCUCAGAGCGGUCUGGCAGCUGGGCUUGGAGCACAUCUCUUGCUUCGCUCACAAUAUAAACGACGGGGUGAACCGAGCUCUGAACCUGACGCAACUGAGAAGGGCGGUCAGGAGGCUGAAACGGCUACAAAACAGUAUUUGCCGUAGCUGGAAAAUGAGGCAAGACCUCACCAGAGCUCAGGAGAUGCUCGAGAUGGACAAGGUGGGUUUGCCAAGCGCUUGUCCCACCAGGUGGUGGAGUCUGCUCAAGCUGUGCCGAAGGUUUCUCGAAAACCAGCUCCCGCUGUGCAAGGUACUUACGGAUUAUCCAUCUAAAAGACCUUUGAUGUUGGAAGGGGACGACGUCUCGGCGGUCCAAGACUUUGUGUCUGCAGCUACCGUGUUAGAGGACCUCACCACGACUCUAAGCGGAAGCAGUUACAUCACGGCCUCGUCUGUUCUGCCUCUUUAUAGGCAAAUUAAGAAAAGUCUCCAGCCCGAGGAGGGAGACAGUGUACUGCUGAAGGACAUUAAGCGUGAAAUUUUGGGGGCGCUGUCGGAAAAGUACGACAGCGCCCCCACCGCAACCACUUUAGGCCUGGCCUCGUUGUGUGACCCCAGGUUUCGUCUGCGUUUCUUGGAAGCUCCUGAGGCUGUCAGGCAGGAGGCCGUAAAGAAGAUGGCGGACUUGCAAGGGAGUCUGCGUGCUGCUUCGACGGAGCCCAAUACUGGCCCUGCUCCACCCAGAAAAAGGAUGUUGGCAAAAAUCUUCGGUUUAGAGGCAGAAGAAGAGGGCCUGGCGCUGGCGGAUGAUACAUCGAAAGCAGAAAAAGAGCUAAAUGAGUAUAUGGCUAUGCCGAGAGUGAGCUUCGAUGAAUGCCCUCUGACCUGGUGGAAGGCAAAUGAAGCUUCCUUUCCGAUGUUGAAGGUGCUUGCAAAGAGGUUUUUGGCUAUCCCAGGAACAAGUGUGCCAUCCGAAAGCCUGUUCAGCACGGCUGGCAACGUUCUUCAAAGACAAAGGGUGUCUCUUUUGCCAGAGAACGCCGAAAUGCAAAUUUUCCUUGCAAAAAAUAUAAAUUUCAUUCAGUAAUAUUUUUUUGCUCCGUAAAAUGUCCAUUCUUUCUGGUUUAUAAAAGAAAUGCAAAUUUCCCUUGCAAAAUAUAUAUAUUUUUGUUUAAUUAUUUUUUUGUUCUAUGAAUUUUUCCCAUUCUUUCUGGUUUGGCCUGGUUUAUAAAAGGAAUGCAAAUAAAAAAAAAUUGUCUGACCA